AUGGGGUGGCGGCCGCCGAGCGCCUGGAGGGAGCUGCUGGCCAGGCCCAGGGAGCCCUGGCCCGAGACCGCGCAGUAGCCGCCGCCGCCACGGCCGCCGCCGCCAUGGCUGCAAAAGACCCCACAGCUGUAGAGAGAGCAAACUUGUUAAACAUGGCUAAACUGAGUAUCAAAGGACUCAUUGAAUCUGCUCUGAGCUUUGGCCGCACUUUGGAUUCUGACUAUCCCCCCUUGCAGCAAUUCUUUGUUGUUAUGGAACAUUGUCUGAAGCAUAGUCUUAAAGUAAGAAAAUCAUUUUUGAGUUAUAACAAAACCAUCUGGGGCCCUUUGGAACUGGUGGAGAAGCUGUACCCGGAAGCAGAAGAAAUAGGAGCCAGUGUCCCGGAUCUUCCUGGUCUGAAGACCCCUCUGGGUCGAGCAAGAGCAUGGCUUCGGUUAGCCCUCAUGCAAAAAAAAGUGGCUGAUUAUCUGCGUUGCUUAAUUAUUCAGAGAGAUCUUUUGAGUGAGUUUUAUGAGUAUCAUGCACUAAUGAUGGAAGAAGAAGGAGCAGUAAUUGUUGGGCUGCUGGUUGGCCUGAAUGUGAUCGAUGCUAAUCUUUGCCUGAAGGGAGAGGAUUUAGACUCAUAAGUUGGAGUGAUUGAUUUUUCUAUGUAUUUAAAGAAUGAAGAAGAUAUUGAAAAAAGGAAUGUUCAAAUUGCUGCCAUAUUAGACCAAAAGAAUUAUGUUGAAGUUAGACAACUGAACAGCACAGUCAGCAGCCUCCAUUCACGAGUUGAUUCAUUAGAAAAGUCAAAUACUAAGCUGAUUGAAGAGUUAGCAAUAGCAAAGAAUAAUAUCAUUAAACUCCAAGAAGAAAAUCAUCAAUUACGAAGUGAAAAUAAAUUGAUUUUAAUGAAAACACAGCAGCACCUAGAGGUUACCAAAGUAGAUGUGGAAACUGAGCUUCAAACAUGUAAGCAUUCUUGUCAGGGGCUAGAUGAAAUGUAUAAUGAAGCCAGAAGGCAGCUUCGAGAUGAAUCUCAGUUACGACAGAAUGUGGCGAAUGAGCUCGCGGUACAAGUUAGUAUGAAGCAUGAGAUUGAACUUGCCAUGAAGUUGCUGGAGAAAGAUAUCCAUGAGAAACAAGAUACUCUGAUAGGUCUUCGACAACAACUAGAGGAAGUUAAAGCAAUUAACAUAGAGAUGUAUCAAAAGUUGCAGGCUUCUGAAGAUGGCUUGAAAGAAAAGAAUGAAAUAAUUGCCCGACUAGAAGAAAAAACCAAUAAAAUUACUGCAGCCAUGAGGCAGCUGGAACAAAGAUUGCAGCAAGCAGAGAAGGCGCAAAUGGAAGCUGAAAAUGAAGACGAAAAAUAUCUACAAGAAUGUCUCAGUAAAUCUGACAGUCUGCAGAAACAAAUCUCCCAAAAGGAGAAACAGCUGGUGCAACUGGAAACUGACUUGAAGAUUGAGAAGGAAUGGAGGCAGACUUUGCAGGAAGAUCUUCAAAAGGAGAAAGAUGCCUUAUCUCAUCUUAGAAAUGAGAUUCAACAAAUUAUUAGUCUUAAAAAAGAGUUCCUUAAUCUCCAGGAUGAAAAUCAGCAGUUGAAAAAAAUAUAUCACGGACAAGAGCAAGCUCUUCAAGAACUCGGCAACAAACUUAGCGAAUCAAAACUUAAAAUUGAAGACAUAAAAGAAGCCAACAAAGCAUUGCAGGGACUGGUUUGGCUGAAAGACAAAGAAGCAACACAUUGUAAACUUUGUGAAAAGGAAUUCUCACUCUCUAAGAGAAAGCACCACUGUAGAAACUGUGGGGAAAUUUUCUGUAAUGCCUGCUCUGACAACGAACUACCUUUGCCUUCUUCACCAAAACCAGUACGGGUUUGUGAUUCCUGUCAUGCAUUGCUCAUUCAGAGAUGCUCAUCUAACUUGCCCUGAGAUUCCUGAACUAAAUCCGUAUGUAUGAAAGUACCUACAAUGAAUGUUACGAUGUAUACAAGGUAACCAGACAUCUCUUCUUAAGUGGCUUUCAGUCAGUAUUUGUACCAGUUUUAUCAUCUACAUAUUCAACUCAUAGAAAUUGCAAGUUAUGUAUUUAUUUCCCUAUUGUUAUUCAAAAGGAAUUUUCAACAGAGCAUGCUUAAAAAUCAUGUAACUUAACUUCAUUAAAAGGCCAGAUAGCAGAGCUAACA